AUGGCUAGAUUCGCCACUCUCACCUUCCUUCUCGUCUUUUUUCUUAGCAUCUCUUGCCUCAAGUACUCCAAUCUUCUGAGACUCGUGCGAUCCCUCACACCGUUUACGCUCUUAGAACCCAUGUCGAGACCUCCACCAGAGAGCAAAGCCUGGGUCAAGGAACGCCUCGAGUUUCUGUACACCCAACCUGGGCAGGCAGAUGUAGAGGGUUACUCAAAACACUUCGAGAAAAGCUUCCAACCUACUGCCAAAGUCACAUUGAAUGGUGAAGCGAUGACCUUGGACGAUUUCAAGGAACAACUCCAGGCUUCGCAGGUUGCCACUACGAACGUCAAGAUUGUUUGGCAGGAUCUGGCAGGAAGGUGGGAAGGAGAUAAGAUUGUCAUCGAGGGAAGUUUCGAGGUUACACGCACGAUGAAAUUCAGGGUUCGCGUCGGUCCUGCACAGAAUGUUCAACUCAAUAGCUUCACGGCUCACCUUCUCCCUGUCGAGAAAGAUGAAUUCGCGAUUAGCAAAUUUGACCUCAGGAUGGAGAAUAGAUCAAAGCCCAUACAACUCCAAGGGAUUCAAGAUGGUUAA